AUGGGAAACAAACACUCAAAGGUUGCAAAAACACCUUACGAUAUACUUGGCCUAGACACAACAUCUACAAGACACGAAAUCAAGGCAAGAUACAAGCACCUCAUAAUCAGAACUCAUCCAGACACUUGCAAAAAUCAUACUGCAGACACAUCUACAAAUGCAGUAGAAGUAAUCCAAGCAUACAACACAUUGAUGAAAUCUCCACCAGUGUUCGAGGUAUACACACAACAGCUUUUCAAAAAAGACAUCAGGAAGUAUGCGAGCGAUUUCUUCGAGAGAGUCGCUGACUAUUGCAAAAUUGCAAACUAUCCGAGAUUCGACGACCCAGACUUUGAGCGAUUCUAUUACUUCUUCACCAACUUCAGAACACAAGCAGAGUUUGAGACCGAACAGGAGCAAAACACCUUCUGCUUAAGUGUUCGUAGAAUAGCAAGAGUAGUUCGAAGCCUUGACAAAAGAAUGGAUAUGGCCAUCCACAGACCAGCAUCAUCUUUCUCAAGCUCUUCCACUUCUUUACACUCGUCAUUGAACAAACAGCCAAAAUGCAAUACUCCAAAGACAUAUCCAUUCAACUGCUGCGAAUGCAACAAGGGAUUUCAUUGCAGAAACCAAUUGCUCAACCACUUCAACAGUAAAAAGCAUUUGGUGAAGAUAAGCACGGUAUCAAGUACACCACAGCAAUACAUACAAGAACAGAUAGCCAAAAUAGUUGCAAUCCAUCCAGAUACACAAGCACCUAUCAGUACAAAUAAUCAAGCAACAACACGUAGCUACGUGGAUGCACUAAACACCCCUCGCGAAACAAAUCAGCAGAAUCAUCAGGAGCCUAAAAAAGCAUACAAAAAAGAGCCAGUUGCAUUUAGAACAUGCUCAAAAUGCAAACUCGUAUUGGAUGGCAGAGAAGACUUGCUCCUUCAUAUGAAAGCAAAUCAUCAAAGCACCGGCUCAAGUAAUCCAUAA